AUGUCUUUGUUCCGUCAGUCUUGUAUCUCAUCAGGAUUUAGUGUGUGUUUUGUCAGUCUUCAGUGUCUUGCAUCUCAUCAGGAUUUAGUGUGUGUUUCUUCAGUCUUUUCUCUGUCAGUGUUUAGAUUUCAGUGCUAUAUCAGAUACAGUAUAUCUUUACCAACGCAGCAUUUUGUCAAAAAAUCAAGUCUAUCUAGCUUUUUCUCUUACAUUUUUGCCUCGAGUUUUUGUGCAGCUAUGUUUUCUUUUUCCAGAGAUGAUCACAUGUAUGUAUUUUACCGUGUGUUUAUCUAG